AUGUGGCUCCGCGGCAUCGUCUCGAGCUACCUCACGCGCCGCUACUUGACGACGAGCGGCGAUGCGAGCACGGCGCACACAGACGCGAGCAAGCCGGCGACGCACCACGGCGAAACCAAGGACAAGACGGCGCGAUACCGCAUGUGGUACCGCAUUCUGUCUAAUCUCAUGGCAGCGCUCCUCAUUUGCCUCUCUCUGCUCAUGCUCGGCAUCGUCAUUGGCCAAGGCACCUUUCACCGUGAAGUGGUCCAAUACCACGCCCAAGACGAGAGCAUAUACUGGAACGACUUUGGCGCCAACUGUCUCUUGCGCUCCGGCGGGUUUGUGCCCCACUCGUGCGCCGUGGACGAAACCAACAUCACGGGCACGAUCGAAGCGUGGGACGGCUUUGGUGUCGCCCUCGCGGCAGCGCUCGAUGUGCCACCACAAGCAACGUAUUCUGUGUCAACCUGCUGGAUGGGCGCGACGCCAGCGAUCGGCUGGGCGUCCUUCCAGGUCGUCGUCGGCUACGACUACUUUCCCGCAUGCAAUCCCACCAACGGAUCGCAACUGGUUGCGGGCGUCGCGAUGCUCGAGACCGCAGCCCGCCCCGGGUUCCCGCUCGGCGUCUACCUCCUCACGGCGUUCUCGGACGUCCGCAUGAACACAUCGUACUCGUACGUGGGCUCGGACGGCGUGGUGACGCCGAUCGUAGCUGGGCUUUCCCACACAAUCAUCACGCCCAACGGCAGCGUCUACGCGGAUGACAUUGGCAUGAACUCGAUCAUUACGUCCCACCCGCUCGGGCCCCGGUACGCAAUCGUCUCGUACAACAAUGGUCAGAUCCUCAACAUGACUCCGUACCUUGGCACACUCAAGGGCUGGUGCACGGGCCGCGACUCCAAGCUACCGAUCUUAACGGGUUGGUUUGUCGGUCAUACAGUCAUGAACGGCGACGAACUACUCGCACUGCAGCUUCUCUUUUCGGCCCUGAGCAUCUACUUGUUUGCGGGCGACGUCUACAUGACAGUCGAAGGACUCAACGGUGUCCUGCGCAACAAGCCCGUCUUGACGUACGACGUGCUCUCAGGUCUCGAACGUCGCAAGCUGCUUAUGCUCUGCAUCACGCUCAACUCGAUGCCGUCCAUCUUGUACAUUGACGUGGCGCGCAUCUACUAUGGCACCGACUCGGGACUCAAAAUCUGGGUCAUUGCCACCCGUCGUGUUUUCAGCAAGCGCGCGUCGCCGCUGGGCGCUUGA